UGCUGGUGCCUCUGCCGGCCAUUAGGUGGCAGUAGCUGACCGUGGUUUAACCCACACUGGAAGCUGCUUCUCACGGCCUGAAAGAAGAAGGAGGAGCGCUGUCAUGGCGGCCAAGGUGGUGAUGGUGGCCGUCCCCACGGUGAUGGGCAUCGCCUCCAUCCGUGUGUAUACUGUGAGCCAAGGGCCCCCUGAUGGACUGGUUACUAGGGAAAAGCUGAACGUCUACACCCCGCUGCCACAGUCUGCUCCGGCCCAGUUUGUUCCAGAGAGGCCGGGUGUUGUUCAGACUGGGUUCACUACAGUGAGAGAGAGAAUACUACCAAUUGUCCAGGCUGUUAAGGGCGCCUGUGUCUCUGUGAAAACAGGAAGUGUUAAUCUAUACCAUGCAGGAGAGGAUGUGUACUAUUACUUGAAAGACCCUCCCCCGGGAUUUCUACCCAGAUUUGGCACCGUCACCAUGGCUGGCCUGGUUGGCAUGUUCUUGGCACGGAAAGGCUCCCGCUUCCAGAGGUUAGCCCUUCCACUGGGGUUGAUGAGCGGAGGAGCGUCGGUGUGCUACCCGGCUCAAACCGUGGCCGUGGUAAAGGUGACAGGUAAGAAUGUGUAUGCGGUCGGGCAGUGGAGCAGCGCCACAGUGUCUUCACUGCUAGCCUCCAUAUCCCAGGAGCCCGUCUGCGAAGAGAGUGCUGCUUCACAACCACAGAAAGCUGAAGUGCCAAAUCCAGAGUCUGCAGUAGAUAAAGUCUCAGAGCCCAGCUCGACAAUCCCAGAGACAGAGGUGGAAUCAGCUGAGCCUGUCUCUGAUGAGCCUGCUGUGGCUGUAAUAACAGAGGAGGCGUCAUCCGUAACACUCAAAGAGAUUUCCCCUGUCCAGACCCCCACAGAGACCACCACAGACCCAGUGGCACAUUCAGUGCCAGGAGAGACAGAUGCCACCAUAACCUCUGAAGAAACACAUGCACCUGUUGAAAGUGAGGAGCCCUUCGACUCAAAACAAGCAGCAGAGGAUGUCUCCACUGACACCAGCCCAGCAGAGACCACUCCGAGCUUAGAGGCUGCUGCAGUAGAGGCCUCCCCAGUGGAGGCUGCUGCAGUGGAGGCCUCCCCAGUGGAGGGCUCUCCAGUGGAGCCUGCUCCAGUUGAGGCUGCUGCUUUGGAAGCUUCCCCAAUGGAGGCCGCUCCAGCUCCAGUGGAGGCUGCUGAAGUCAAGUCUGUUUCUUCCUCUGUAGUAGCACCUCAAAGGGCCUCAGAGGAGCUAGAAGUGCCAGUUGUUGUUGAAUCCCCUGAGUCUGAACCUGAUGCUCAAGAGUCAGCUGACCCGCCCCAAGUUGCCGCUGUGGAGGAGACUCCAACGCCGACACUCACAACACCCCCACCCCCUCCUGAACAACAGCCUGCAGCAGAAAACAGCAAAGGGGGCUCCGGUUUAAAGACAGACCCUUCUCUAAUGGACUUUGGCCAGUCCAGCCCUGAGGAUGAAGACCUAUACAGCACACGCAGCUGAGAGACUACAGCCGGCCGCAGGAGAGACCUCAUUCCCACACUGCCACCUCGUAUCUCAUUCAGAUAAACACUCACUCUGUGCCAUUAUGCUGUGUAACAAGGCCAUUUUGCAAGCAAGCAAAGUUUGGAAGUCUUUCAUCAACAUUUCCAUUCUCCAUUUUUCAACCCACAUCAUUUACAUUUCCAGAGAAAAGGUGCAAGUGCAUUUGUUUUGUUACAGCAAUCAGUCUGUCUGCGUAGAAUGACAGAAACAUGGAAACAACACACCCACAACUGUUUACAAGUCUUUAAUCCACAGAUGGCACAUUGUGAAUUGUUCUCUCUGUAUGUGUCAUUUAGCAACUAUUGGGUUUAGUGGGAAAUCUUUCAAAGUCACGAGUGCAUGGUGCUUUUAUUUAUUAUAUUUGAGCCCGGUGCGUCGGUAUGCUGAAAAUACAUCUGGUUACAGUUAUAAAAUCAACUUGUGCUGUUCCAUUGUAUUACAUCACACAUUGUCUUCAGUUGUUUAGAAUCAAAAAUAAAUCUAUAUUUUUCUUGA